GCUGGAUGUAGAUCUUCAGUCACAGGGAAUGGACAAGGCUGUAAACUGCUUCUACCGACGGCCAGACGCCAUCACCAGACUAAUCUGCUUCCCCUGGGCAGGAGGGGGCUCAUUGUUUAAUGCUCAGUGGGGUCGGCUGUUUGAUGACUCCGUGGAAGUGUACUCCAUUAGACUUCCUGGAAGAGAGUCUCGUUCCCGAGAGCCAUUUCAUCACAGCUUAGACCAGUUAGUGGAUGAGAUCACAGAUGUACUGUUGCCAUUGCUGCGUGAGAAGCGAUUCGCAUUUUUUGGCCACAGUUUUGGGUCAUUGAGCAGUUUUGCCACAGCAGCGAGACUGAAGGAGAAGCAUGGACUGGAGCCCAUUCAUCUGUUUGUGUCCGGAGCCUCCGCCCCUCAUUCGCCAUUCCGCUACCCAUCUCAAAAGAGAUCGGAGCUGAGCGAUGAGGAGUUCUUGAAGUGGAUGGCCUCAACGCAGGGAACGCCGUCUGAGCUUCUGCAGAACAAGGAGGCCAUGCAGCUCUUCUUGCCACCUCUGAAAGCUGAUCUGAAACUUGUGGAGAACUUUGUCUAUGAGAAGCCAUCUGCUCCUGUUCUGUCCUGUGGCCUGACAUGUUUUGAUGGAACCGAAGAUGUUCCUCAUGAUUUAGCUGCCUGGAAAGAUCUGACGAGCGGAGAUUUCAGUAUUCACAUGCUGCCUGGUGGUCAUUUUUACCUGAAGGACCCUACAAAUGAGAAGUCUCUUGUACAAUUCAUUUCCAGAUACAUGGAAGCUGCCGAGAUUGACUAUUUCUAAACUACUUUUC